AUGAAGAAGCUCGUAAUUAAACCCUAUCGUCAAAACAUGGGCAUGGAUCCAACCCGUGCUCAAGAAAUCUGGAUCUUAUUACGUACAGCCAUAUACGAAAUCUUUUCUCAUAAUGCGAGUUUAUUAUCAUUUGAAGAGCUUUAUCGUAACUCCUAUAAUCUCGUGUUACAUAAACAUGGUGAUGUGUUAUACAAUGGUGUUGUUGACGUCAUUACGGAACAUCUGGAGUGUGUCGCACACCAAAUAGCUUCAGUAUCAGAUGAAUUAUUACUUGGAACACUUAAUGAGCAAUGGAUGGAUUAUCAAAUUGUCAUGACGAUGGUACGCGAUAUCCUCAUGUAUAUGGACCGUACGUACGUUACACAGAAGCGAAAACUGCCAGUAUAUGACAAGGGUCUUCAUAUUUUUCGAGAUGUUGUUGUACGUUGUGAUAGUAUACGUGAUCGUCUACGUACGAGGUUAUUGCUGAGUAUUGAGACAGAACGACAGGGAGAACUUAUUGAUCGAGACCUUAUUAAAAGUAUACUACGUAUGCUCAUUGAUCUUGGUGUACACUCGAAUGCAGUUUACGAGAAGGAGUUUGAAAAGUUAUUUCUUGAUACGACAUUGGACUUUUAUCGAGCAGAAGCACAGACGAUGCUGGAUAUUGCAACGUGUUCCGAAUAUUUGGAGAAAGCAGAGCAACGUCUAAAUGAAGAAGGCGCACGGGUGUUGCAUUACUUGAAUCCGUCAACUGAACACAAGUUGAAGACAAUUGUCGAGACGCAGUUGAUUAAGAACCAGGCGAAAGCUUUAGUAGAGAUGGAACACUCUGGAUGUGUUGCAUUGUUCCGUGAUGGAAAGACACAGGCGCUGCGCAGGAUGUACUCACUCUUUCGACGAGUACCAAGCACACUAGCUGAGAUCAGUGACUGUGUCUUGCAGUAUAUUAAAACUACUGGCGAGGAGGUAGUGAAGACACAGUCGAAUUUAGAGACAGCAUUGGACGCAUCGCAAUUUGUGGAAAAGCUUUUGAGAUUACGCGAAAAGUUUGUGGGUUUCUUGUUGGUUUGUUUUUUUGACGACCCACAAUUCCACAAAUCCAUUAAACAGGGAUUCGAAGCGUUUAUGAACACUAACACAGUGUGUGCUGGAUAUCUCGCACACUAUCUAGAUGAAUUGCUGCGUUCUAAAAGCAGGUUUGAAGAAGAGAUGGAUGGUCGUGUAACUCAAGUGAUUGCAUUGUUCCGGUAUCUACAGGAUAAGGAUGUUUUCGAAGAGUUUUACAAGGUCUUGCUCGCCAAGCGUCUCCUUAAUAGUCGUGGUACUUCGGACGAGGCAGAGAAGCUCGUGAUCUCCAAGCUCAAGGCCGAGUGUGGCUACCAGUUUACGUCCAAACUGGAGGGCAUGUUCAAGGAUAUGAGUAUUUCGAAAGACCUCAUGGAACUAUACCGGAAAUCAGGCUACGACGCCAGAGGGAACAGUUUUGGUACUGACAUGUCAUCUGUCACACCGAUGCCGUUAUCGAUGCACGUACUCACUAGCGGUUUUUGGCCCACGGAGAUGGCUCCUAUGUGUGCUUUACCGUCGGAGCUUGUCCAGCUUACACAGACAUUUGAAUCUUUCUACUAUGCACGACACAAUGGUCGUAAAUUGGCAUGGAUGGUAAAUAUGGGAACUGUUGAUGUUCGCGCUUCAUUUUCGGCGGGAGUAGAGGACACGAAGCGUCGUCACGAGCUGAACGUGUCUACGUACCAAGCGGUCAUUUUGAUGUUGUUCAAUCAGCGCUUGGAGUGGCGUUUCAAGGACUUAGUUGAGCGCACGCGUAUUGAUGUGAAGGAUCUCAAGCGGCAUUUGAUUUCUCUCUGUACACCGAAGUACAAGAUUUUGAUCAAGAGCUCAAAGGGAAAGCGGAUCGAUGAGGAAACCGACGUGUUUACACUGAACAACGGCUACAAGUCGAAACUCCAUCGCGUACGGAUACCGCUGGUAUCACAAAAGGAGACGUCGUUGUUGCCUGCUGUGGCAUUAAGCUCAAGCAAUCCAGCCGAUGCGCUACCACCUACAGUUGCUGAGGAUCGUAAGCAUCUCGUUGAAGCAGCAAUCGUGCGUAUCAUGAAGACACGCAAGCAGAUGCAGCACAACCAGCUUAUUGCCGAAGUCACUCGACAGAUGUCAGGUCGUUUUACGCCGUCUCCGCAGCUUAUCAAGCUGCGCAUCGAAAGCCUCAUUGAGCGUGAAUACCUUCAGCGCAGCACGACGGACCGACGGAUGUACAACUAUUUAGCUUGA